AUGCAGCUGAACUUUGGAGCAGAACCUGAUUGUUUGGAAUUCAAGUCAUUGUUGGAUACAGAUGCAGACUUCAAAGUUAACUGGAAACGCGUAGCUAUAACAAGCACUUUUGGGUUUGCCUUUGUUGGACCAGUUGGCCAUUUCUGGUACGAAGGCUUGGACAAAUUUAUAAAGCUGAAGCUUCACCUACAACCUAAGUCAGCGCGGUUUGUUGCUGCUAAAGUGGCAAUGGAUGGCCUUAUCUUUGGCCCUUUGGAUUUGUUGGUGUUUUUCACUUACAUGGGAUUUUCCACUGGCAAGAAUUCUGUUCAAGUGAAGGAAGAUUUGAAGAGAGAUUUCCUGCCAGCCCUUGCUUUGGAGGGUGGUGUGUGGCCAAUUGUUCAGAUUGCAAAUUUCCGAUAUGUUCCUGUGAGGUACCAACUCCUCUAUGUUAAUGUCUUCUGCCUGUUGGACAGUGCAUUUUUGUCAUGGGUCGAGCAACAAAAGGAUGCUGCUUGGAAGCAGUGGUUCACAUCUUUUACUUCUUUUAAGGAAGGAGGAGGUCAGGGAAGAUUAUGAUUAUCUUCUUCCCCACUUUUGCAUUCUUUCUUUCUCUUCGUUUUACAGUACUGCAAAUGGGAAAGAAAAAAAAAAAGGCAUGUGUUUUAAGAUACAGAGAAUCAUGAGCCCUCCUUAGACUACCAACCUGCGUUUUCAAUGUUGGGGUUAUGGUAGUGAUGUAAUUGUUUUCCAGUUGUAUGUGUUUAGCAACAUUUAUUAAACGAAAUGAAAAACACAGUUUAAAUUUUGAAUUUGA